CUCCGCAUCCAAAUACGUAGCACGCCUUCCUCUAAAAACAAUAGUCCCCCUCAGAAUUUAUAACAAUACAUUUAGCGAAUAUUUGGAGAAACAACAUGUAACGGCCAAACUAUCACUACAUAAAAACUGGCACUGCUAGUAAAUAUAACCAACGAUUGGAUACGUAAAGACCCUGUUUUCAACAAAAUAAUAAAUAAGAUCCGGUUGCACGGACAGGAAACAAGGAGAUACUCAUGGCGCCCGACUAGAAAGAAGCAACAAUUAUCGGUUACUAAUUUAAGUUCCGUUUAGCGCCUUUACACCAAAGGAUAUCCUUCUAUCCGAAAAUACACGUUAUGGAUUCAGAGGAGAAUGAGGUGGAGAGCAGCAGUGAUGCAGGCCCCUCAGGAAUGGAGGAGCCAUCUGAAAGUGGGAUGGGUAUGGAGUCUUCAGAGGCCAUGUCUGCAGACAGCAGUGAUGCUGCUGCCUCUCAUGCACAGGCUCCAGAGUCAGACUGUCAUGUGGGGCAGAGCUCAGAGGGACUUAUGGUGUUCAUCCCAGAAACAAGCUCCAGUACAGAUGUCAGAGUUUCAUCAGUCCACCUUCCAGACUCCUCUUCAGUGGCCCAGUCUACAAGCGUGUCCAGCGUCUCUACGGUGACUCAGUCAGUGCUGGUGUCUGAGUCAGCCCAAGUGCUGGUCCACUCCAGUGCUGUGUCUGAAGGAACUAUGAUGGUUUCUGACUCAACUGCUUCUACCUCAUCAGACCUGGGAUCUGCCAUUGACAAGAUCAUAGAGUCCACCAUUGGCCCUGACAUCAUGAAUGGUUGCAUAGCUGUGACCAGUGCCGAAGAUGGGGGUGCAGAAACAACCCAAUAUCUGAUCUUACAAGGACCAGAUGAUGGUGCUCCUAUGGUAGCCCACAUGUCAUCUUCGGCCCUGUCUGGUCGUAUAGCCAUAGAAGCUCUCACUGAGGGCCCCACUUCCACCUGUCUGGACCAGGGAGACCUACCGGGCAACCUUGAACCUGACCAGCCCGACGAUCAACCUGGUCACUCAGGUUACCCAGAGGAUAGCAGCAAUCAGCCUGACCAGCCCCAACACUCCCACCCCUCCCAAUACAUGGACUGCAGUGCAGAUGGUCCAGACCAGACAGGGGAGUCUUCAUCAUCCUAUGUGGAGUGUUCAGGUGAGGAACCGGAUCAGACACGCUCCCAGUCAGGCUUCCCCGACUACAGCGGAGAUAACAGUGACCAGGACCUGCCUGGAUAUGUGGAAUGCAGUGGGGCUGAUUCAAAUCCUACCAGCCGAGGUCACUAUGUGGUGGAGUGCAGCACUAAGUAUCUCAAGUGCACAGUGGACGAUGGAGAACGGCCACAUCAUUCACGCAGUUACAUUGACAGUAGUGCAGACCACCGGACACAGACAAGUCGACAUUAUGCAGACUCUGAGCAACCGGGUUGUUCUCAGUACCAAUCUAGGGAUGAUGAUGAUGAACAGAACCAGGAUCCAGAUCAGCCACAGCACUCCCAGCAGCAGCCCCAGCAUUCUUGCUACAUGGAAAACAGCAAUGGCCCUGAGGGUUCUCUCUACGCUGAUGACAGCUCCUCAUCAGACCACCCUGUAGCAGACACAGCAGGUUCAGGCGGGCUUCCUGAGGCACUGGAAUGUAGUGAGAGCCAGCCUGGGCCCUACAUUAGCAGCAGUGGGACAUACACCUCCAAUGCAGAGCCUGAACUGGCUCAGCAGUGCUCACCCAGCCAAGAGGAGCCUCAGGGUUCCCAGGGACCUCAGGAUGAAGCUGGGCUGAUCAGGGAGAUGGAGACGUCAACGGUGGUGGAAGGCUCCAGAGACCGACCACUAAAUCUAGCUGAGUUGGAGGAGAUGAUGGAAGUAGUGAUUGUACAGCGGUUCAAGUGUAAGAUGUGUCCAUACAGGAGUGCCUCUAAAGGCACACUCAUUAACCACAUGAGAGACAAACACUUUAAACCAGCAGGAGACAUGCCAAAGAAGCGUAAACGUGGACGGCCACCAAAAAGUGAGACAUUGGCCCGUCGCCAGGCAGAGAGGGAGGAAGCUGAAGCAAGGAAGGCAGCCAAGGUGAAGGCUGCUGAGCAUCAACAGGGAGAAGAAGAAGAGGAUGAUAUUGUUGAUGCUGGUGCUAUUGAUGAUCCUGAAGAGGACAGUGACUACAACCCAGCUGAUGAGGACUGCAAAGGCAGACCACCUGCCAUUCUGAAGAAGCCAGCUCCUCCGAUUUCCUCUUCCUCUCAAGGGCGUCCUAGACGUAAGGUUGGCCGCCCGAGGAAAUAUUUCUCUUUAGAAGAAGGCUGCAGGAGCAAAGAAGCAGAAAGUAUUGCUAAGAAACCCAGGGUUAGCGCUGAUGCUAGAUCACCUGAAGAGGCAAGCUCUUCCGGGUUAGGAAAUGGUCCUGCUGUGGAGACCAAUGGAAAUACUGCUGAGGCUGCAAUAAGCCAAUCCGAUUCUGAAAACAAAGACCCUUCAUCCAACACACAGUCAGAUGAGGAGUUCUUCCCAAGGAAACGAGGCAGACCCUCAAAGCGCUCCCUUCGCUGUAAGAAUAAGAGAUAUACAUACCGAAAUCGCUACUAUAAAUGCCUCAAACCACUUCUGAGACCUCACAACUGCUGGAUUUGUGGCUCACGCUUCCUCACUCAAGAAGAUCUGCGUUUCCAUAUGGACUCUCAUGAAGGCAAUGACCCAGAGCUUUUUAAGUGUCUUCAGUGCAACUAUCGCUGUAAACGCUGGUCCUCACUCAAGGAACACAUGUUCAAUCAUGAGGGCACCAAGCCAUUCAAGUGUGAGGAGUGUGAUUACUCAAGUGUCUACAAGAAAGAUGUCAUUCGGCACUCAGCAGUCCACAGCAAAGAGAAGAAAAGGAAGACUGAGUUGGCGCCAAAGGCGUCCGAGUUCCCCUGCCUUGUGUGUCACAGGGUUUAUCCCAUGCAAAAGAGACUGACCCAGCACAUGAAGACCCACAGCUCUGAGAAACCACACAUGUGUGAUAAGUGUGGCAAAUCCUUCAAGAAGCGGUACACAUUCAAAAUGCACCUACUGACCCACAUCCAGAGUGUUGGAGACAGCAAGUUCAAGUGUGAGUUUUGCGACUACACUUGUGACAAUAAGAAGCUGCUGCUCAACCACCAGCUGUCCCACACCAAUGACAGGCCCUUCAAGUGUGAUUACUGUAAAUACUCCACUUCUAAAGAGGAGUUCCUGGUCUCCCAUUUGGCCAUCAAACACACAGGAGAGAAGCCUUUUUCGUGUGAUUUGUGUCACUUCAUGACCAAACAUAGGAAGAACCUGCGUCAACAUGUGCAGUGUCGUCAUCCAGAGGCUUUUGAAGAGUGGGCUCUGGCUCACCCUGAAGAGUCAGUGAAGAGACAACGCAGACCCUUCAUCAACCUGCAGCAGACAGAAGAGAGUACACAACAACAUGAUGGCACACAGGACUUUCAGAACACUAUCGUUACAGUAGAUUCUUCAACACUACAAGCCAUGCAGGGGAUAGAAAAUGCCUCAGUCUCCCAGGAUACAUUGGGAAACACCACCAUCAUCUAUGAACAAGCUGAAUCCAGUGAUCUCUCCGCCCAGAAUGCCCUGGACCUGCUGCUGAAUAUGAGUAAUGCCCGGGAAUUGGUGGGAAACUCCUUACAGGUGGCAGUACUGAAGUCAGAACGCAAAGCUUUGGAGAUGGGCACAUGGAGUACGGUGAGCACAUCACCAGGGCAGCCCCAAAAGGUCAUGACCUUCCAUGUGUCGGAGAAUGGUGAGACAGUGCUACAAGAGGCCUACGAGACGGCCACGUCUGAAACAGGAGAGCUUACCCACAUCACCAUUGCAGCCUACGAGGGUGGAGAGGACUUCAGUGUGGUGGAGCAGGCUGCUGAAGAAAUCCAUAGCCCUGGAUCCAGUAACGGCGAGAGCAGUCAUUCUCAGGUUCUAGAUGCAUCUGGGUCAGAAAGCCUGAAAAGUGACAAGUACUACCUUACUUCAGCGCUGCCUGAUGGUGUACUGCAACAAGUGGAGCUGGGCUGUGAGGCUCCAGCCUCUCCUUCUGCAGUGACCUCUCCCAGUCUCAGCACCAAGAAGUUUUCCUGUCGAAUCUGCAUGGAGUCUUUCUAUGGACGCUCUGACAUGGAGAACCACAAGAGGGCACAUUUGGACACCAACACCUUCAAGUGUCCUGACUGUGACUUCACCUCCACCUCCUGGCCUGAGGUCAAGAGUCACAUGGAGCUACAUUCCUACCUGCGUCCUCAUAAGUGUCCAAACUGCAGCUUUGCCUCUAAAAACAAGAAAGACCUACGCCGCCACAUGAUGACCCACACCAAUGAGAAACCCUUUUCUUGCAAACUUUGUGGACAAAGAUUUAAUCGUAAUGGCCAUCUGAAGUUUCACAUGGAGCGUCUCCACAAUCAGGAUCAUCCCACUUGCAAGAGCCGUACCGCCGCAUCUCGGCAAACCAUAAUAGUCAACAGUGAUGAGGAAGCCCUGGCCACUCUACAGUCCCUGCAGGCACACCAGACAGUGAUCACUCCAGAGGGGUUGCAGGCCCUGGGACAGGAGCACAUCAUUGUAGCUCAAGAACAGGCGCUAUCAGACCAGGAGGAGGGCACAUACAUCCAGCAGAUAAUCGUUCAGCACCUGAUGACAGGAGACAACCAGGUCCAGUAUAUCAUCUCACAGGAUGGAGUGCAGCACUUGAUCCCUCAGGAGUAUGUAGUAGUAGCUGAUGGUGACCACAUACAGAUGCCAGAUGGACAGAUCAUCCAUUAUGAGCAUGACAGUACCUAUCUGCAGGAGCAACAGAUUGCUGUAACUCAGAAUGGUCAGAUCCAGUGCCUGCCUGUCAGCUCGGAGCAAGAGAUGAAUCCUGAGGAUCCCGAGGCUGCUGGCCAGUCUGCUGUUACAGCGGUAGCAGAUGCGGCGAUGGCGGAGACUCAGACGUUCUACACUGAAGCUACACCUGAACAGCUGGAGCAGCUGCAGCAGCAGGGCAUCCAGUUUGAUGUCAUUACAUUCUCUGAUGAAUAGGCAGCUCUUUAUACCUACCAGGGUACAAACCUGCACAAAGCAGGACCAGUAGAAACCAAUAUGAGCUACAAAGUACAGUGACCUCAGCUGCCUGUGAAUAAAGCAUCAUUUCCUCCACAUUGUUGUCGGCUCAGUGGGCGUGUGGGGGGCAUGACUUUUUUUCAGCUUUUGUAAAUUCAGAUUAUUCCACCCAUUGCUUCUAAGUUAAUCAUAAAUUAAUCAUAGGGAUAUGCAUUUAAAAGUUGGUCUGUAAUUAAUAUAAAUUAUUUAUGCUAAUGUGCCUCAACUGCUUCAAUUUGCAAGACAAUGCUAUCAAAGAAAAUGAAGUAGCUUCUUUCAUGUUUUAGAAAAUAUACUGAGCAUCGAAAUGAACACUUUAGUAUUCAAAUGGAGUGAAUAAAAGGGGAGUGUUUAUUUUUCAUCUGUAAUGAGAUACAGCCUGUUAGAACGCCACAACCUUGUGUUUACGGAGUAGUAAAAUGUAUAUACCUUUAGCAUUUGUUUUCUGUACCAUGAUGGAGGAUACAAUAUGUUUUGAUUUGGUGAAUAUGCACUGUUUAAUAAGCUGAA